AUGCAGGCUGCCCCCGGCCGCAGGCUGCCCCUCGCCGCGCUUCUCCUCUUCUUCCUCCUCCUGCAGCAGCCGGGCAGCAGCGAGGCAUGGAAGCAGCACGCCCCGCGCCUUCGCCUCGCCUACAAAGAUCUGCUGAAAUCUAACAGCUCUCGCCUGUUGCUGGCCUCCGGGGACGGGCUGGAUUUCCAAGCCCUCUUGGUGGAUGAAGACAGGGCCUGGCUGAUGGCGGGAGCAAAAAACCACAUCUUCCUGCUCCACCUGGACCAUCCCAGCAGAGAGCCCGAGAAGAUUUUCUGGCCAGCCUCCAGGGAGCAGGUUGAACACUGCCAGCUGGCGGGGAAGAACGUGGAGACGGAGUGUGCCAACUUCGUCCGCCUCCUCCAGCCCUUCAACAGGAGCCACGUGUUCGCCUGCGGGACCGGCUCCUACCAACCCGUCUGUGCCUUCAUCCAGCUGGGAGCCAGAGGGAAGGGUCCCGGGGCUCCCCCCAUGCGGUUGGUGACCCACUCCUUGGAAUCGGGACGAGGACGGUGCCCCUACAGCCCCCAUGAACCCUUCACGGGACUCCUCGUUGACGGGGAGCUCUAUUCGGGCACGUCCAGUGACUUCAUGGGCAGCAGCGCUGCCUUUUUCCGGACCUGGGUCCAUGGGGCCGAGCAGAGCUACAUCCGGACAGAGCAGAACCAGGACCAUUGGCUACACGAGCCUGCGUUUGUCGGCGCCUACGCCAUCCCUGAUACCUACAACCCGCACGAUGACAAGGUCUACAUCUUCUUCCGUGAGACGGCCAUGGAAGCCGGGCAGUGGGAGAGGCGGCACAUCCACGCCAGGGUGGCCCGGGUCUGCAAGAAUGAUGUCGGAGGGAAGCGCAGCCUCAUCAACCGCUGGAGCACGUUCCUCAAGGCCCGCCUGGUGUGCUCCAUCCCCGGGCCGCAGGGCACCGAGACCCACUUCGACCAGCUCGAGGAUGUUUUCCUCCUGGGCACCCGAGACCCCCAGAACCCCCUCAUCUUCGGCCUCUUCACAGUCUCCAGUGGCGUCUUCAGCGGCUCCGCUGUCUGCGUCUACUCCAUGGCUGCCGUGAGAGCUGCCUUCAGCGGGCCCUUUGCGCACAAGGAGGGAUUCGACUACCGCUGGGUAGAAUACAAGGGCCGCGUCCCCUAUCCCCGUCCCGGCACGUGCCCCAGCGAGACGUACGACCCCCUCCUGCAGUCCACCAAGGACUUCCCCGACGAGGUGAUCAGCUUCAUGCGCACCCACCAGCUGAUGUGGGAGCCUGUAUACCCGCAGGGCCGCCAGCCUGUCCUGGUGAGGGUCAACGUACCUUACCGGCUGCGGCGGCUGCUGGUGCACAGGCUGGAGACGGAGAGCCGGCACUACGACGUGCUCUUCCUCGGCACAGAUGAAGGUAAAAUCCUGAAGGUGGGGCUGGCCGGUGGGGCGAGCCGUGGCACCGAGGUGAUCAGCCUGGAGGAGAUCAGCGUCACUAAGGUGCCUUCUCCCAUCCUGGACAUGAAGUUAUCACCAAAGAGGCAGGAGCUGUUUGUGAGCAGCACCCACGGGCUGCUCCAGCUCUCCCUGUACCGCUGUGAACUCUACGGCAAAACCUGCACCGACUGCUGCCUGGCCAGGGACCCUUACUGCACCUGGGACAGCAAGACCUGUGCUCCUCACCUGCUCACCGAAAAGAGGCGUGCCCGCUGCCAGGACGUGCUGAAGUCUGACCCGCUCAGCCAGUGCCAGGACACCGCAGAAGGGACCGCUGCCACGGAGAAGCUAGUUUUUGGGGUGGAGAAGAACUCAACCUUCCUUGAGUGCACGGCCCGCUCCCCGCAGACAACUGUCCGGUGGCUGGUGCGGCACGGCGAGGAAACGGGCCUGACCGAGGUCAGGAACAACGGCCACUUCUCGGUGCUGGAGCAAGGGCUGCUGAUCCGCCAGCUGGCGAGGGAGGACGCGGGCACCUACGAGUGCCAGGCGGUGGAGCGCUCCUUCUCCCGGCCCCUCACCCGAUACAGCCUCCGCGUCAUCAGGCACGAAGCCAUGGAGGUGCCACCUUACAAACGGAGCAAGGGAGCUGAGCUAGGAGGGACCCACCAGAGCCCCCGGCCCCGGAUUGACCUGCACCCAGGCUACAAGGGCUUCCCGCGGGCCCUGGGGGCACCGGGCACCAGCCUGGAUGUCUACUGCAACGCCCUGCGGCACCAGGAAAGGCAGCGGCAGAAAUCCUGGCACCAGAAGUGGCAGCACCCAUCCCCGGACAGCAAGAAUGGCCGGGUGCGGAGGCACCCCCAGCCCCUCUGA